AUGGAGAGUAAUGAUGAUGGUUGGGAAGUAAGUGUACACCAAGAAGAUAAUAAUGAGUUAGGUUGGGGUGAUCCACCUUCACAACAAGUUAAUUCUUAUUGGCCUGAUAAUGAAAACUUUUCAACCGAGAAAGUAACAAAACCUGCUUCAAACUCAAGUGGUAAAAACGUUAGAGAUCGAAGUGACCCAAGUAAUAUAGUUCGUAAGUCAAAUAAUGGUGAAAGUUGGGAAUCAACUUCUACCAAAUUUGAAGAAAAUGAAGAUAAUACUUGGGGCUGGAACGAUAAACAAGACGAGACAAGUGGUCGUAAUUCAACAAAUUCUCACGUGAAAAAAAUUCAAGAUAAAGAGAACAGUUGGGAUUCCGAACCUAGAAAUAACGAUAGUACAUGGCGACAGGCAACCAAAACUAAAAUGGAUGACGAAAAAAGUGAAAAAAGUAACGAAGGUUGGAAAAAAACGGAUAAAGUUAUCGAAAAGAAAACGAGUUCAUCUAAAAUGUCAGAAAAAGGUUCAAGAAGAGGUUCCGGAGAAGAUACAAAGCCUCAUGAAAAAGGAAACCAAGGAGGUGUAGAACAACAAGAAGAUACUUGGGAUAAAGAAUUAACUCAAGAAUCUAUACCCGAAUCAGAUAAUGGUCAAGGAAAUGAUGAUGAGGGUUGGGGUACUAUGACUUUUGGUAACGAAGUUGAAGAUGUUUUUCCUUGGUAUAAUCCUGAAGCUGACGAUAAAAAUAUACCUAGUGGAUGGGAAUCCGAAGAAACCACGGAACCAAAAUCUUCCGAAUGGAAUUCUAAUUGGGGAUCUUCGAAUUCUAAUUUCCAAAGGCAAGAGAACCAAUCAUCAUUUAGAGGAGGGGGUCGUGGACGAGGCGGACGAAGUGGAGCUCCUCGCGGAAGAGGUAGAGGUAGACGAGGGGAGUCAGAUUAUCAUUCCUUUUCACGUGUUGGUGGAAACAGAUAUAAUGAUAAUCGAGACUACCAUCGUGAUAAUAGAGACCAUCGUGAUAAUAGAGACCAUCGUGAUAAUAGAGACCAUCGUGAUAAUAGAGACCAUCGUGAUAAUAGAGACCAUCGUGAUAAUCGAGACCAUCGUGACAAUCGAGAUCGUCGUGAUAGUCGAGAACAUCGUGACAAUAGGGAGUAUCGCAGUCAUCGUGACAAUCGCGACAAUCGUGAAAAGAUCGAUAAUGAUGAAUCUAGUGGAGAAUCUAAUUCUCUCGCAAAAAAACCUAGCAGCAGCUUGAAUGAGAGCAUGCAUGCAUCUAAUCCUACUCCUUAUGUAAAUAAAGAUCGCAUAUUGUCUGGUGGUAGUGUUCGUCAGAAAUUGAAUGAAGAGCAACUCACUAAACGUAUGGAAAGAAUCCGUAUUCAGAAUGAAAAGAUAUUGGAAAAACGAAAGAGACAGUUACUUGAUAAUGAACGCCAAGAAAACGCUCAACGUAAAAUUCAAAAUCGAGAUACACGAGAAUGGGAUAAAGAAAAGGAAACCGGUUGGAAUGAACCACGUCUAAAUCAACGAAAUUAUUCUCAAAAGAAUGGUUCAUUUGAUGAAAACGAUACUGAUCGAGAUUCUCGUCAUAAAAUUAAUAACAAUUAUAAUGGAUUUGGUCGAAGAAGUGGAAGAAGUUCUCGUGGUAGUAGUCAAUAUGAAACUAAAAGUAGUAGUGUUAGAAAUAUUCGUGGGGAAAGUGAAUAUAGUGGUAGUAGAGCAGGUUCUAGAUAUGCUCGCGGAGAUAAUAACGAAUAUGGUAGACAUGAACAAAAAGAAACGCUUAAUGCGCAAAAUGAAAGCUGGGGUGAACCACCUAAAGAAGAAUCUAAAGGUUGGGGUGAUAAGGAUGAUGAUAAUCAGGAUAAUCAGGGAUCGGAUUCAGAACUGAAAGUUCAUCAAUUUCAGGUGGAGGUUGGGAUUAGUCAAUUGUAG